AAUGCAUGUGGUGCAGAGCAAAACUGGGCUGCUCUGAGAGGGUCCAAACACAAAACCAGAAUCUGUGAAUUUACUGCAGGUUAACAACAAGGUUAAGUCCCAGUAUUCAUUAUCUGGAACAUGAAACAGAAGUAAAAUACAAAUAACAAAGCUUUUCCAGCCUAUCACAUUCAGUGUUCAGGGCUGCAGGUCUGUUGUGGGAGGAAAAGGAUGGUGUCCUUCCAGAUAAGAUGCCACAGGAACAAUGAAAGACUUCUUCUUCUUCUGCUUGUCCUUCACUUUCCCUCUCGCCGUCUUCCUGAUUCAUCGCUCUUUUCAUCCACCUGUUUUCUCUACGGGUUUGUUCGACUGCAGGAACUGGCAACUGAAAUGGGCGAAUGGGAUGUGCUGGGCCGCCUGCUGGAUAAAGUGCAGAGUCACUCCACAGUGAUCGGAAAGGUCUGGCUCACCGUGCUGUUUGUGUUCCGCAUCCUGGUCCUGCGCACUGGUGCUGAGAAGGUGUGGGGUGAUGAGCAAUCAGACUUUAUCUGCAACACUCGGCAGCCUGGAUGUGAGAACGUCUGCUACGACAUUGCCUUCCCCAUCUCUCACGUCCGCUUUUGGUUCCUUCAGAUUAUUGCUGUAGCGACUCCGAAGCUGCUUUACCUUGGUCACGUCCUUCAUGUGAUCCACAUUGAGAAGAAGGAGAAGGAGAGGAUGAAGAAGCAGGCCGAGUUGGAUGACCAGACCUGUCUGUUCCUUAGGGCCUAUAAAGUUCCCAAGUACAUCAAGACCACUGGCAAAAUCAGUAUCCGUGGCUGUCUCCUUCGCAGUUAUGUCCUCCAUCUUGUGGCCAAGAUUAUCUUAGAAGUCUUGUUCAUAGUGGGCCAGUACUUUCUUUAUGGCCUCACCCUCGAGGCUCGCUACGUCUGCACACGCUUCCCUUGCCCUCACCAGGUGGACUGCUUCUUGUCCAGGCCUACCGAGAAGUCAGUCAUCAUCUGGUUCAUGCUGGUGGCGGCGCUGGUCUCCCUCCUCCUCAGCGUGGUUGAGCUGUUCUACCUGUGUGUGAAAGCUGUGAAGGAGUGCAUGGCCAGGAGGCAGGACUACACCGUGACCCCGGUGACACCUCCGCUUUCGGGAAGGAAAGCUUUCAAAAGCCACAACGAGAUGAUCCAAAAUUGUGUCAACUUGGAACUUGAGCGAAAGUUAGGGGUGAAUGGUGUCGACGAGGCUGCUAAAGUUGUAUUGUCUGAGAACAACAACAUGGGGGAGAUCCACAUCUGAAGCAUGGAGGCGGUAAUGGGCUGUAUGUGUCCAAAUCACCUGAGUUCUCAUAUUUGUGUGCUAUGGCUUCAGAGGGGCAAGAUGUGUGUGUGUGUAUGUGUGUGUGUGUGUGUGUGUGUGUGUGUGCAGUAAAUAAAGAUGGGAAGUAACCAGCUUCUGCAAACAUGACUCAGUAACAUGCAAGGUGUUGCGUAAAAAAUGACUAAAAUAACAAGCGUUUUAUUGUACUUGACAAACCCAUCAUUUUAGAUAUUAUUUUCUGAUAUAUUUUGAUACUUUCUUGGAUUGUUGUUUUAAUUUUGGCUCAAUAAACAUCUAAUGUUAAAAUUA